GUGCUUUUCUCGCAAGCAUCACCCAUGUCCUUUGAUACGGCGGCCAUCUUUGCCCAGUUCAUUGGAGAAGGUAGCAUCUCUGACCACCUCCUUUCAUUUUGCAAGGAGGCGCAAAUGGGAUGCUUCCUAAGCUCAUCGUCGGAUGCGACGGACUCCUUCAUGAUCAAUUAUGCCGAUAUUGCAACGGACUCUUUCAUGAUCAAUUAUGCCGAUAUUGCAACGGACUCUUUCAUGAUCAAUUAUCAUGUCGAUAGUGUGACGGACUCUUUCAUGAUCAGUUCUGCCGAUAGUGCGAUAGGCUUCCAUUUGGAUUAUGGCAAGGAGCCUGGCAAAUUCUUUCGAGAGUCAGCUCUAAAAAGUGAGAAUGUGAUGCCAAUGCCUGACAUCACCAAUAAAAUGCCUAAAAGAUCAUUUUUACCUCGGAGAAUCUCCUUGAAAUUACAAUUUUCGACCCUGAAGCUCCCUCAACUAAAUCAAAUCUUCCGUGCGAAAGAGAAUUCCCCUAUGGGGAAGAUCUUGGCACGCACAAUAGCCCAGUGCGAGAGCGCCGCAAUGUAUGGUGAAAAGAAGAGUUGUGUGUCCUCCAUCGAGGACACGAUUGACUUUGCCACCGCGAUUUUGGGUCAUGAUGUCAUGGUCCUGUCCACGACAAGUACUGGAGGAUCGAAGCAGCAGCGUGUCACCAAAUUCUGUUUCCCUCGGUAA